GAAAGCGAGAGGAUGGCAAACAUGUAACGGAACAACUGACUGCGAGCUGCAGCGAAGCAUCAAAGGACGUCGGCUUUUUUACGACGUGCGAACAGCUGUCAGGAGAAUACACUCAAUAAAUUCAUGAAAUUCGAAACAGCACCAAGGCAGCCGACCGUCAAGUCCAGCACAGCGGAUGCGCGUCGGAUCCAGAACCAACAGACAGGAUGAACUGAGACAUUACGCGCAAGAGGUUGCCACGGGCACGUUUGGGCUUGACCUCGUCGGAGAUCGUUUCUUGGGACAAGCGGCUCGCACGGUGAUGAUGUAUCAAUGAAGAAUGUCACUGCGACCGACUCUGUCCAAACAGGGUUGAUGAAGCCCUCGGCGGUGUCAUGCGUCUUGCCCCGCAGCCAAGCGCGCAACCCCUGCGACUUCUAGUUCUGCUCCUCCUCGCGACAGCGGUCCCCUCAUCCCCGGUAAUCUCCACUGGCUGCCCGGACAGGUGCGUGUGUGACGACCAACUUGUGGUCCAGUGCGCUGGGCAGCACCUGACCACCUUCCCGGUCAACCUUCCGCUGGCCACGCGGCAGCUCAUCAUCUCAAACAACCGUAUCGCGGAGCUGCCGCCUCUCGCGCUCAACUACCUCUCUGACCUGGUGUACCUGGACUGCAGCAACAACUCUCUGACGGAGAUCUCAGAGUCCACUUUUGGGAAUCUACGCAAGCUGGCCUACUUGGACCUCUCCUUCAACACUCUGACCCGGAUCGAGGACAGGACGUUCGGCCCCUUGGCGAGCUUGGUGAUGCUGAGGAUGACGGACAACCCGGGGCUCUCCGAAAUUCACCCGGACGCUUUUGGGGAGAACGCGGCCCUUCAGGUACUCGAUGUGAGCCGAAACAACCUGACGGUCUUCAACAUCACCUCCCUGAUCGCGCUGCCCGCCGUGCGCUCAGUGGGGCUCAGCGGGAACCCGUGGAGCUGCGAAUGCGACAACGAGGACCUGUCCUUGUGGGUCCAUCUGGAGGGCUUCAAGUUCCAAGAUGAGGGCCAGACGGUGUGCGGUUCACCUGCUGAUACUCAGGGCCGUCGACUGGGGGAGGUGGGCAUCCAGCUACGGACGUUAUGUCAUCAGACACUCGGCUCCUGGGACUACCUUUUCUUUGUUGUCAUCGGCUUUGUCAUCUUCGCUGCUGGCACCGUGUCGGCCUGGGUGAUGGGUGUCAUCAUGGUGCUCUAUGAGCGCUACAUCAAGAAGAAAGACGAGCAGCUCGAGAUGGACGACGAGGAAGAAAGCAUUGAGACAGGCCGUGCUGCGAGCACCAGGAGUGGCCAUGACAAUGGGAAUUUAAAAACUUCACAUACUGUUUAAAAUAAAAUCCCACCCCUCUCGCCAUGGAUUCCCACAGUGCCUCCUUCCACGACUGUCUGAGAAGUCUCAUGAAACUGUGUCUGUUUAUCAGGCUUGGAUCUGUUAAUAAAUGGAACAAGGAAUGUGUUUCUAUCAUUUUUAGUGGGCUUCCAGGUGUUGUUACACACACUGUAGUCGCCAUAGUGGAGGUCCCCAGUCCUUGGGUAAUACAUAGACUAUGUAUGCAAAUAUAUGACCACAUAUUUUGUUACUUUAUGUGCAAAGUUAGCAUUAAAAAAACUCAAAAACAACAUAUCUCGGAAAAACUCUGAAUAUGUUUUCACAGAGAUAUUUCUGACUGAUCUUUACAUCAGUUUAAAAUCAGCUUUUUGAAAUUUUAAAGUUUAAAAGUAAAAAAAAAUCAAGACAAAGCAAAGAUAGAAUCUUAAGCUAAAAGUAACCUAACCCCAGGUUACCUGUGAACUGCGACCUGCACUAUAGUAACACCAGAUGAAAUAAAGAUGGAAAACGUGGCUUACAGUUUGUGCUUUGCUGAUGAUAUUGUUAACACUGAGUAGGAAAAGUGUGUUUUUGUGACUGUAGUUGUAGUUUUUUUUCCUCCAGAUCAGUUUGUCUUUUUUAUUGGUACAUUUUUCACUGAAUACUCCUCUAAGAUGCUUUAUUAUGGUUAUUUUAUGGAUGUACUGAGGAAAGCUGGAUACCAGAACUAAAGAUGUUGACGGCUUGCUUGACAGAAACAGAGCUCUAACUGGAUUUGUAGCUCAGUGAAGGAGGACAAAAGUAUUUUCCUCCAAAAAAGACCUUCACCUACUGUCUACAGCUAUUGGCCCAUAGCUGUUUCAUUGCAUUGAUAUCAUAAAAAUAAAACUCAUUGAUAACGUUUAUAGGAAAAAAUAUGUUUUGGGCACAGAAGAUCUUGACCACUGUGAAAAAUGACUUUUUUAUUAAAAGACAGACAUUUGCUGAUGUUGAAACCAGAUGUGACAAGAAAGUGGUGGAUCUGAGUGAGAAAUGGAGGGACACUGCACACUCAUACAGUAAUGAUUUAUCAACCAUAAGCCAUCUUUAAAGGGGAUCAUGGUUUACAAACUAAACAUCAUGCUAUACUCAAUAAGAAUUGAAACUAGCAUCUGAGACCAUAUAGCUAUUAUUUAAAAAAAAAAAAAAAUCUUAAUGAAAUCAAAGACAGCGGGAGUUGAAGGGCGGUUUUUGCCAUAAAUUAUUAAACUGCUGAACAGUUUGGAAACUGUGUAGUCGCCCCCUGCUGGCCACUAGAAAGAAUCAGGUUUAAGGCACUUUCACAUUAGCUUCACCUUUUAGGAACAGAAGCUACAUCCAUCUUUGAUAUACAGUCUAAGGAGCACCAAUGCUGAAUACAUUCAGAGGUUUAAACUUAUAAGGAAAUUAUAGCAAAAUAAUCCCACUUAAGACAUUUAAGAGCUAAACAAAUGUGUGUGGAUAAAUUUAGACAUCUAAGUCAGACAAUUAUAUCUAAGCCAUAGUCAAAAUAUCCAUGCAUCCAUGCAUCCAUCCCCCCAGCUGUCAUAGGGUGAGAGGUUGGACUAGCACAGAGAGACAGACAAUGGUUCACAUUCGCACCUACAGCUAGAUUAGUUCUAAAUCUAUGAGUUAAAACCAACCAUCAAAGUAAAAAAAAUGUUGCUGUUUGCUUUCCAUUGUCUUAAUACCAAGCUAGGCUAACCAUGUACUGGCUUUAUAUUUAGUGGAUGGAUACAAAUAUGCCUCUCACCAAAAAAAAAAAAAAAAUGAAUUCAUCUUGUGUUACCAUCAUUUUUUACAUGUCUGAUUUACAGCAUUCGCUAAAAAAUCCAAUAGAAGGAAACUAGAAAUGUUUGCCAAAUUUUCUGUAGUAACUAUAGACCCAGUUCAAAUAUACAAAACAUUUUCCUAGUAUUAUAAAAUGCACAAACACUAUUUGGUUAAACCACACAGCCAUCUUAUAUAGAAUUGUUUUGUUUACACUGACAGUUUUCUCAAGGACCUCCAUGAUGGCACUAACCAAAGCAAUACAAUUGUGACACAGCUCGAGCUCCUCUGUGUAACAUUAUAAAAGUCUUGUUGUCGCUCCACCCACAGGUAUGACAGGAAGGAGAGGAGAAACUCCUUUUAAGGAGUGCAUUUAUCCCCAUGUAUGUGACAGAGUGUACGAUGUAGCUUUAUGUGUGACUUUGCACAGUGAGAGUGUCAGUCCGCGCACUGCUGGGGCAUGAUUUUGUACUGUAAUCCAUCUUUCCCUUAAUCAUUAGCCCAGAAACAAACUGCUGUGGCCGUAUUUGUGUUAAGGUUCUACAGUUGUUGUGAAGAGGAGAGAGCCCACAAAUGCCAGCUGCUGAGAUCUGUUUUGGCAGUGGGCCCUGCUGGAUGGUGAGCAAACAAGACAAUGUGAUAAGUGAUUUCUACUCUGUUGGGUUUGAGUGCAGUGUCCUAUCUACUUCUGCAUGCACUGUUAAUGCACCAAAAAGCCUU